AUGGCAAGAAGCACGGUAUCCGAAGCACUGGACACCGAAUCUACUACUUCUCCACGUCAAACGUCAGCUGCAGAGCGUCUGCAAACGGGUCCCAAUUUGUGGACGCCGCAGAGUCAGAGUCAGAGCCAGGAUCUGUACGCGGACUUUCUCCAAGAUUCAUCCUACGUGACAAGUCCGUCUUUCGAAAAUCAAACACCAGACUUGACGUUCGAGGCAAAUUCAGGGUCGGGGUAUACUUUUGAUCUGCAGAUGGAAGCUCACGUUGGGCCGUUAACGCAACUUCCUCAACACUCGCAGCAUACCUUUGAGCUGCCGGCUGCUAUUCAAAAUUACAUACCAGGGCCAUCACCGGACCUGCUCGAGCCCGCAGACACAAUCACGGCUCUAUCAAGAUUAAAUGCAGACUUCGCUAGACAGGUAUCCAACGUCGACGCAUACAUCUGGGGGCCUGCGAAUGCAGCGCAUCAUUGUCUCGAAAAGCUUCACCGAGUUGAAGGCAACCCGAUGGCAGAGCUGCUGCAGAGCACCUCUCGAUUCGUUUCGAUUCUCGAAAGUCUAGCCCCGUUGUCAUCACUAAAAAAGUCAUCUACUACCGUCGGAUCUGCUGUCUCGAACUCCAAUAUCUCCGAUUUGGAUUCAUGGCAAAGGCAGACGUCCCUUCCUGCUCCAUGCUCGCAAUCUCAGUCACCAUCGACAAGGCUGAGCUCACUGAGCAUCCCAGUCGUGCUAAUGCUUCUUUCAAGCUACCUCCUCCUCUUGGAGCUCUACAACACGGUCUUUAAGCGCGUCACAGACGCCAUGUCGAAGCUGGGCGAUAUGAAUACUUAUCUCCAGGACUUGCCGGAGUUCCAGGUUGCCGGACUGCCCUCCAUGAAGGCGCAACUGUACGCCAAGAUCAUCGUCCAAGUCAUUGAGCAUCAUUUCGACCGUCUAGAGCGCCUCAUAGGUCUCCCUGAAGAGUUCGGCUUGUCGGAGCGGGCUGCGGAUUCGGAGGGCUUGCUGAGUACUACUCCGGGCAUAUCUCAACUUCUACACAUUGCUGUGACGCAGACGGCAGGAUGGCCCAGUACUUCGGGCACUUCAACGCUGAAGUCGCUCAGAUCGCACCUCAGAGAUCUUCAAAGCAUGCUAUCUACAUAG